AACGCGAUCGCAGUAGGGUCGCUAGCCCCGGCCGCGGACAUGGCGCUGCUGCUCGUCGCCCGCACCGCCCGUGCAUUUCGACCGUCGGUAAGCCCGCCGGUGUCAGCGAGCCUGCGCUCCACGCACGCCGGUGGCGGACGCGACGGUCCAGUGUGCCGGCCGUCCCCGUGCGGCGCGCCGGCAGCCCGCGCCCAGCCGCCGCCCGACCGCGUCGCCUGCACGCCACCCCCGCCGACCGGACACCCGCCGCCCUGUCCGCCGCCCGCGCCGCCCCGCACGUUCGACUGCGAAAAAGCAACGAAAAAACUGGACGGCAGAAGGUCGCACCGACUAACCAUUGACGCGGGCCGCUGCGGGAUGCAGCUGGACGCGGCGACGGCGCGACUGGCGGCGGCGGAGCGCGCGCGGCGCGACCAUUACGAGCGCGAGGCAGCCGCGCACGAGCCUCCGCCGCCGCCGGACUUUGCCCGCUAUUGCCUGGCCGCCGCCACCGACGCCGACGUGCCGCCCGCCUGGACCGUCGACGACACCACCUGCGAAAUUCACCGUCACGACUACGCGGACCCUUGCGCCCGGUACCCGCGGAGGGAGGUCCACCUCGAUCGCGGCUCCAAGGUGUCCGGGGGUUCGAGGGGUCUCGCCGCAAAGAUAGUGGAAAAGUUUAAGCGCUCAAACACCGCAGCCGAGCGGGGCGGGCCCUCGUCACUUUGACAGACGGAGGCCGGCCGGCCCCGCUGACCGCUAACACAGAAAACAAGCCUCUAGGCCCUCUACUGACUAUUAUAAAACGUUAACCACGUGUUACUUGAAUAAAAUAUACUCCAAAAUA